AUGGACAGCACCAGGGCUGACACCACUCGCCAGGGUCUCUGCCCGCAGGCCCAUGAGGUGCCAGCUGUGCCAGAGACCCCCGCCCUGCCUCAGCGCUGCCCCAGCCCCCGGCAGCGAGGGGCACCCCCAGACAGGAUCAAUGAGUCACUCGGUGAAGGUCAAACACCAUCGACCCAUCAGAGCAGGGACAUGUGCGGCUCUGCCCACCCGGGGGGCACGAGCCGGGGCCGCAGUGCAAGCACGGCACCAGCCCCGGUGGCAGCGGGGCCCUUGCCCGCGUUCCAGCCGGCAGCUGCAGCGUGGUGCCACAGCCAGCAUCAGCCGGCGGUGGCCGUGCUGGCGCGGUGGCCAGAGGCUUCUGCCAGACAACAGCCUCCCGAGCAGGGCAGAAACGCAGCGUCAGCGCCGGGGGGGCCACCAGCAGGCACCCCGGGGACCCCCGCCCACCCCGCGCCGCAGCCCCCCGGCUCGGCCAGCUCGGCAGGCGGUGGCCGCGGCUCCGAUUCCCGGCACACAAAGCGGCGCGACCGUUCGGGGGGCUCGCAGCCCCCCCAGCCCCGCCGGCUGCCGCGGGGGCCCCCGGCCGCGAGGACAGCUGUGACCCCGGCAGGACAAAGGGACCCCGGCCCCGGCGGGGGCUGCCAGGGGCACCUGUUGGGGUCGGGGCGGCUGCCGGGCCCGGCCUUUGUGCCGGGGCUGCCGCAUUGUGCGGCGCGGCGAGGCCGGGGGCCCCUCACCGCCCCCCGCUUUUGUCUGCGCCGGCGAGACCCCGGCACCCACCCCGGCCGCCCCCGGCCCGCACCACCCCGCCGGCGGGGACUCCCCUUUGUCAGGCUGGGCUCGGGGACCGUCACUCCGGGGACACCGACCCGCGACCGCUGCUUGUCCCUGGCCAGAGGCGGCGGCUGGGUGGGCACCGCUCUCCGCCCGAGAGAUGCCCCGGGGGGGUGGUCACAGCACCUCGGCCCCCCAGCCCCGCCUUGGCUCGGGGUCUCGCUGCCGCGGUCCCACCGACCGUCCCCCCGGCCAGGAUGA